AGCGAAGCUCUUCACAGUGCCGCUCGUCAGAGGGCGGCUCUUUGGCUGCUCUUUUCACAUCAUUAUAAAUGCUUAACUCCCUCCCUCCGCGCGCUGUCCAGCUCCGCCGCCGCGAGCCCUCACUGUCUGGAUCUGUGCUAUAGAUAGAUGGGCUUCAUGCCACACGCCGUCAGCCGACAGGUUGCAAAGGUUGAGAGUUUGAUUCCACAGAUUUCGCCGUUUUUCCUCUUCUUCUCACUGUUUUGGGGUGCUUUUUCUCCUCUGCUUGGAUACUUCUGACUUAGGCAUUGGAUAUGUGCACACAGGAUGGUGACAACCCCUUUCCUCCCCGUAGAAGUAAAAUAAAAUAGGCUUUCGCACAACACUGGAUUUACUCCUGUCGUUCCAUAUGAAGAAGUCAAAAAUUUGGAUACGCAUUUGUGUCCAUUUACUGCUGUUCAUCACGCUUGGGGUACAUUCAAGUAGAUUUGACGUCAACCCAGUGACAGAUGACAUCUCUAGACUCUUGAUUUUGAGACAAAAUAUUCCUAAAGAUUACAAAAUUCCUGUACGUUACGUUUCAAAAGAAGAGGCUGGGAUGUGUUGGGUAAAAUUAAAUGUCUUCUACUUGGAGGAGAGUUUACAAGAUUUAGCAAAUAAGUUUGGAAACAUUUCAUCCAACGGAAAGGAUAUUAAGAUAUUCAUCGAAAUGCUCCAAGAACUGCGGCUCAAUUGGCGGACUGUGGACCUGAUCAUGUAUGACUUUGAGUGCCACUUCAGGGAAGAGAGGUGGCAGACAGCGCGAUACUUUGACUUUGUCAAAGAAUUUCUUCUAGCCGCACAGAAUAGAGAAGUUUCAGAGGACUGUGUGCCUCCCACCUGUCCCACCACACCAUACACAGAAACCACAAAAACAUAUUUAACAGAUUCAACCACAACAAGAACUAAAGUCUCAGAGUGUGCAACAGGCUGCAAACCACAUCAUGAACCGAGUUCCCUGAACGAGCUGGUGGAGCGAAGCCUUCUCUCUUUACUCUUCAUUCCACUCCUAGCUCUGGUAUUCCUGCUUGUGUGGAAGGUCCGAUCACGGAGGAAUGGGGAGGAUCUUGAACAGAAUCCUGGAGAAGUUGGACAUUUCACAGGAACAGAAGGGACUGCGCCUCCACUAGAUGCUGAAAUAUCAGAAAAGAACAAGUUGAACGUCAUUGAAACAGUGUAACCCUCCUACCCUUCAAUGUUUUUCAGCACAGUUGGGAUCUACUCUUUUUUCCUAUUGAUGUACAAAGGUGAUGAACAACAAACACGAAGCUGAAUCCUGAUUCAAGAUGGCAGAUUCACAGUAUGCCAUAAUUAUUCUGGUUAAACCACAUCUGCUCCCAUAUGGAUAAGCUUGCCUUUCUUGUAAGACUGCGCUCACCCCAUGCUUUCAACAGACUGUGAGAUGUUAGUCGAGAGACUUCCCCAUACCACACCCCGAAUGGAUCCUCUGGCUUCCACGAAACAACCAUCAGAACCUGCUGCUUCAUGAACUUUUUUGAGAAAACGUUGCUCCCUGCUCAGCAAGUUGCUACAGUCUACCUGUGUUUUGGGAGGGCAACCAGUUCAACUUCAUUGACAAAGAAAAGUGACUGACACUAGUUAUCUUUGGAAUGGACUAAGGCAUGAGUUACUACCUCUGGUGACCCUCAAGUUAACCACAUCCCAUUUCCCAAAGAAUAAAAUGUUGGACAUUGUAGUUCCAAGAUAUAGUCAUCUUGUCUGGUUUAGGCAUGUAUCUGCAGGGCUGUAUGAUGUAUUUAUUUAUUGGUGGUGGCACUGAGCUGCUGCUGUCUAUACAACUGAAAUGUUUCAAUCAACAUUUACAAGCACCUUUACAAAUGGGUCAGGAUUAAAUAACAACCUCUAUACUAACACAUCAUAAACCCCCCCUUAAAAAAACAUUCCUGCCCAAGUUUCAAUUCCUCGUAUGAUGUUGAUGUUGGCUUGUAUGACUCGGGGAAUUUAUAUGUAAUGCAUUACAUAGAAGAACAAUCACUUAAAGACAAAACAUGCUGCUUUGACUAGCUUACAUUUAAACCACUGAAACCUUCACUCUGCUAACAGGAACGACUUCUGUGGAUCCAAGAUUUGUCUUUUAAUAAGUUUAUUUCAGACCAUAGGUGUCACUCAUAUGUUCAACUCUUUAAGUUAAUGUUAGCUCAACAAUGCCUUUAUUUGUUUUUUUACUUAUCUCAACUUUAUGCUUGCAAAGCAAAUGCUGUUACAGAAGAGAUUUAUGAAUGCCAUUCCCCUAUUAAAGGAGAUCUCUCAAAUUCUACAAAUAAUUAAAUCGGUUGUGUAAAAAGAAAUAAAAAAGAGUAAGCUUAAAAAUAAAUAGGGGCAGGGAUUGGAAUUAAUUUUAAAUUGAGCUAUUCAUUCAUGACUGUUUACUCUGACCUAAUGUACUCACAGAACGAACCCCAUUAGCUUAGACUGUACACUCUGUCUUUACUGGUAUUGACCUUUGUGCAGCACCAGUGUUGCGCUUGCAAAAUAAACAUUAAUUUGGACAAUUGGCUUAGUGCAUCCAUAAAAGUUUUAUUGUUAAUCAAUUGUAAAGGAUUAUACCACCAUGAAAUGUACAGAUAUGCAUCGGUAUGUUCAAAGUCCAAAAAUGUCACUACAUGAAAUUGCCAUCCUAAAUAUCAAUCUUUGCCUUAAAGUUGCACUGUAAUACAAACUGUAAACAGGAUGAUAUUUAAACCAAAGGUAUAUGGUUAAAGUACAUGUAGAAGCCCUAAGACUCAUUCCAAUGUAAAACUGAUGUGCCCCUCCCUGUUUAGUCUUUCUGCAAUGCACUCAGAUCUUGUAAAUUAGUACCUGGAGGCUCUCCUUCUCCCAGAGAUAACACAUGCUGUUAAGAGAAAAGGGAUUAAAACCAUCUGAAGAGGGGCAAACUCCCACAAAGCCUUGCCAAUUCAAAGUAAGGUAGAUCAAUAAUGGAUUACAGGUUUUAAGAUGAUUGUGGAGAAUUUUUGACUGUCUGUAAAGAGUUAGGAGUGGUAACAGGGCACGCUGGCUGUGACCUUUCCCAUCAAGCCGCCUUGCUGCGAUAAGCUGACAAUGACAAUGUGGUAGGACAUAAAAUCUGUAACUAGUCUGAGUAUUUUUUAUCAUGUCUGUGGUCUUACAUUAUACCAUGUCCAUGCUUGGUUUUGUGCCUUGUUUGAUUAGUGUGAUUGACUCUGUGUGUAAAUGUCAAAAGCCUGCAGAUUAGAAUGUCUCACUACAAAAAACCCAACAGAUAGGAAACGUAGGAUCCUUCUCUCUGUCCCUUUUAAAGGAACUCAGAACCAUGACAGUUUAGUUAGUUUGGCCUGUGCCGUGUUAUAUUUCAGUCUUCUGAAAAAAGGCAGUGCUUAAACCCUAUAGGCGGAAUAAACUUCAGUGUUUGUGACAUUUCUGUCCACGUUACAUGUUAGCCUUUGUAACCUUUAGAAAACACUUAAACUCUGCUUGAUUCUUGUGUAUUUUGGACUAAACGUUGGGAAUUUUUCUAAUAGGAGACAAAAGUAAAAUGUGCAAAAUUGAAUCUGUGUUUGAGAAAAAAAAGUAUACCACAUUGGUGUUCAUAUAUAGUUAAGAGCAACCAUACCUUUCAGCAUCAAUAGCUGGAACUCUUUGGUGUGGUUAAGUAUUGUUUGUUGUGUUGAACCGCGAGAUAAUUUAAUCAUUCAAACAUGCAUUUUUGAGAUCCUUAUAUUACAGCUAUGCAUUCCCUGUGCUAUAAACCGUUAGGCAGUUUAAACCCGACUAUGUAAAAGAGCUUAUACCACAUUGGUGUUCAUAUAUUUUAAGGUUGAAUAUCAAAUACUACACAUGUGGUAAAGUAAAUCUAUUUCAAAGCUUUUAGCUGACUGUUUCUAUUCAAAAAUGCAUUUUUGAAGAACAUUGGACUGUACUAUCAAUUGCAGUUUAGACCUGAGACUUUCUAUACGAUUAUCUUACCGUUUCACUUCUUUACAUGAAGACUAUUAUGCUCUAUGUCCGCUAUUCUGACAGACACAGGCUAGCCUAGCCAAAAACAAACUCAACAAAACGAUGCUAUGUCAAAUUGCUUUUUACAUAGUCAUGAGCUGCAAGGUCUAAGCUGUGAAAAAAAGGAAAACAAGGUCUCCCAUUUUCCUGUCUAUGCGAGAGCAACAAACAGUUGUCAUGUCUGAUGCAUGGACGCCUAAAACUGAGUGAUUUCAUGCAUUUGUUGAGAGAAUGACCGUCCUUCAAUACUGUUCCAUUGUGGGUUGUGGUCUGAGAGUGAGCAGAGCAUCAUCUUGAACAGGCUUGAGUGAUCAAAUGCAUCACACUUUGUGGGUAAAUCAAAUGGCUCUGGGCAGGAAAUAAGUCUGGGUGCCAAAAAGCAAAUGUAAUUAUUGCCCAGUUAAUAUUCUGGGUGAAAACUCUACUGUAUUCUGUAUUUUUGUAUAAAUGUAAAAAAACAUAUAUGAGAUAUGAAUAAAGUACACGUAUCCAACUGUUA